UGUCACACCUUUCCCCAGAACCCAGCCCCACUGCCAGGAAUGGGGAGCUGACACAAGAUUUCAGGGGCCUAGGGCUUGGAGGGUCAAACCAGGCCAAGCUGAUCUCAGCGGACACGCACAGGACCCACAGCAGCUCCAGGGGCCCGGGUUCCAGCCGCCCGAGCAGGUGCCUGCAGCCAUGUCAGCCCUCAGCCUGGUCGUCCUGAGCCUGCUGACGGCAGUCCCCCCCGCCAGCUGUCAAGGCCGGGGGAACCUGCAGCCCUGGAUGCAAGGCCUUAUCGCCGUGGCUGUGUUCCUGGUCCUCGUCGCAAUCGCCUUUGCUGUCAACCACUUCUGGUGCCAGGAAGAGCCGGAGCCUAUAAACAUGGUCAUGACCAUUGGAAACAAAGCAGAUGGGAUCCUGGUGGGAACAGAUGGCAAGUACUCCUCAAAGGCAGCAAGUUUCAGGUCCAGUGAGCACGAGAAUGCCUAUGAGAACAUCCCAGAGGAGGAGGGCAAGGUCCGCAGCACCCCGAUGUGACCCCUGCUUGCCUGUCCAUGCCAGCCCCCUCCCUCUCUCUACAGGGAUCAGCAGGAAGGGGCCUGCCUUCUCCACCCCCACGUCUGUCCCACCCUCCUGCCAAGGUCCAUGCUCAGACUGUGUCCAGGUUGGGGCUCAGCUGUGGCCUUGAGGUUCUAGGGGGUCUCCUGCCCAAUUCAUUUCAGAAGACUCUUCUGAAAAAGACAAUCAGCUCAGCACCUCCCAUCCUGCCUCACAUCUCCCUCCCCCGACCGUGGCAAUGGCCCUUAUUUCUGUGAAAUAAAGACAUUUUAUACUUCUGGA